AUGAGGAAGGAAGAACACCAACAAUUCCUCUAUGAAGAGUAUAAGACGCACUACGACGUACUACGACGCACAACGACGUACUACGACGCACCACGACGUACUACGACGCACCACGACGCACCACGACGCACUACGACGCACCACGACGCACCACGACGUACCACGACGCACCACGACGUACUACGACGCACCACGACGCACUACGACGUACCACGACGCACCACGACGCACCACGACGCACUACGACGUACUACGACGCACCACGACGCGCCACGACGAACCACGACGCACCACGACGUACUACGACGCACCACGACGCACUACGACGUACUACGACGCACCACGACGCACCACGACGCACUACGACGUACUACGACGCACCACGACGCACCACGACGCACCACGACGCACCACGACGCACCACGACGUACUACGACGGACCACGACGGACCACGACGCACCACGACGUACUACGACGCACCACGACGCGCCACGACGUACCACGACGCACCACGACGCACUACGACGCACCACGACGUACCACGACGCGCCACGACGUACCACGACGCACUACGACGCACCACGACGCACUACGACGCACCACGACGCACUACGACGCACCACGACGCACUACGACGCACCACGACGCACCACGACGCACCACGACGCACCACGACGUACUACGACGGACCACGACGGACCACGACGCACCACGACGUACUACGACGCACCACGACGUACUACGACGGACCACGACGCACCACGACGUACUACGACGGACCACGACGUACUACGACGCACUACGACGCACCACGACGCACUACGACGCACCACGACGUACUACGACGCACCACGACGGACCACGACGCACCACGACGUACUACGACGCACCACGACGCACCACGACGUACUACGACGCACCACGACGCACCACGACGUACUACGACGGACCACGACGUACUACGACGCACUACGACGCACCACGACGCACUACGACGCGCCACGACGUACCACGACGCACCACGACGCACCACGACGCACUACGACGCGCCACGACGCACCACGACGUACUACGACGCACCACGACGUACUACGACGCACUACGACGCACCACGACGUACUACGACGCACUACGACGCACCACGACGCACUAAGACGUACUACGACGCACUACGACGCACCACGACGCACCACGACGCACCACGACGCGCCACGACGUACUACGACGCACAACGACGUACUACGACGCACAACGACGUACUACGACGCACUACGACGUACUACGAUGCACAACGACGUACUACGACGCACCACGACGUACUACGACGCACCACGACGUACUACGACGCACAACGACGUACUACGACGCACCACGACGUACUACGACGCACCACGACGCACCACGACGCACCACGACGCGCCACGACGUACUACGACGCACAACGACGUACUACGACGCACAACGACGUACUACGACGCACAACGACGUACUACGACACACCACGACGUACUAUGACGCACAACGACGUACUACGACGCACAACGACGUACUACGACACACCACGACGUACUACGACGCGCCACGACGUACCACGACGCACCACGACGUACUAUGACGCACUACGACGCACCACGACGCACCACGACACACCACGACGUACUAUGACGCACAACGACGUACUACGACGCACCACGACGUACUACGACGUACCACGACGUACUACGACGCGCCACGACGUACCACGACGCACCACGACGUACCAACACAUUAAUUAUCUCAGCUGA